UCCACUUAAAGCUCGCAACGACCGUGGAAUCAUUUCAUCCUUGUUGGUUAUCAAAUAUUAAACAAGGAUAAGCAACGCUCAUGAGCGUUGCGGGCGUUAAGUGGAACGCACCCCAAGGCGGCAAGGCCCCUCCAUUAAUACAAGCUCUAUGAUGAUGAAUGAGAAAGAUAAAAUGACUUAUGUUCACUUUAUUGCAGCACGUGCGACUUUUAUUUUACUAUUAAUGUGAACUCUCCUUAAAUGUGGUGAAGAAAAAUUUAGCCAAAAAGAGGAAACGAGUGAAAUGGAGUAUUUCAAAAGCAGCCUGAAGUCCGUCUUGGGGACCGCUCCCGCCGGCACGCAGCCAACGGGCGCCGAGACUGUGGAGAAACUGGUAGACAGAUUGCAAUCUUCUACUCUGCUCGACGAUCGAAGGGAUGCCUGCCGCGCGCUCAAGGCCUUAUCACGCACAUAUCGCGUGGAAGUGGGUGCAAUAGGAAUGGAUGCACUGCGACAGGUACUGGAGAUUGACAGAACGGAUUGCGAGAUAAUCAGCUUGGCCUUGGACACCUUGUGCAAUAUAACAAAUCCCGAGAUGUUCGAGGAAGAGGAUAAGAUGGAUAAACACGGGUUUACCAACAAGAUAGGAGAGCAGUUUACAGAAAUAUUUAUUAAGAACCCAGACAGCGUUGGUUUAGUGCUGACGUUUCUCGAAGAGUUUGAUUUUCGCGUUAGGUGGCCAGCAUUAAACUUACUGACACAUUUGUUGGAAAACAGAUCUAAAGAUAUUCAGGAGAUAAUCUUGAUCAGUCCAAUGGGUGUUUCUAAGUUAAUGGAUUUACUGAGUGAUAACAGAGAAGUUAUACGCAAUGGAGUGUUGUUACUGCUCAUCCAGCUGACAAAAGGCAAUGCCAAUAUACAAAAAAUAGUGGCAUUUGAAAAUGCAUUUGAUCGCAUAUUUGAUGUUAUUGAGCAAGAGGGCAAUGCGGAUGGCGGUAUCGUUGUGGAAGAUUGCCUCUUAUUAAUGUUAAAUCUUCUUCGAGGAAAUGUUAGUAAUCAAAACUUCUUUAAAGAAGGUAGUUAUAUUCAGAAACUGACACCAAUGUUUCAAAUUCCCAAUGAGAUGGAGGAUAGCAAUUUUGGUGGUUGGAGUCCUCAGAAAGUGUCUAAUGUUCACUGCAUGGUGCAAGUUGUACGAGCGUUAGUAGCACCGAGUGCUCCUGCUCAAGCAGUUGCAGCUUGUCAACGAACUAUGAGAGCGUGCGGAUUAUUGCAAGCAUUGUGCGAUAUCUUAAUGGCCAGUGGAGUGCCAGCAGAUGUAUUAACAGAGACAAUUAACACUGUAGCGGAAGUAAUAAGAGGAAAUGCUAGUAAUCAAGAAUUUUUGGCGGGUGUUAUGGCACCGAGCACUCCUCCGAGGCCGGCUAUCGUCGUUUUAUUGAUGUCCAUGGUGAAUGAAAAACAACCGUUUGUUUUGCGAUGUUCAGUAUUAUAUUGCUUCCAAUGCUUUCUGUAUAAGAACGAGGUGGGACAGACGCAGUUAAUUCAGACUUUAUUACCGCAAGGCAACGAGGCGCCGUCGCUAACUACAGGACAGUUGCUGUGUAGUGGACUGUUCUCUAUGGAUUCUCUAUCGAAUUGGUUCUCCGCAGUGGCGUUGUCUCACGCUCUGAUCGAAAACAUAAGUCAGAAGGAGCAACUUCUAAGAGUACUCCUCGCAACUAAUAUUGGAAAACCACCAGUGACGCUUAUGCAACAGUGCGUUAUGCUAUUGCAGCAAGGUAAUAAAACUCAGUGUAAAUUGGGCCUGCUGAUUCUGCUUUGUCGUUGGACAUCGUAUUGUCCGCUCGCAGUAAAAUCGUUUCUGGCUAUCGACUCUUCGGUAGCAUAUUUAACAGCCCUGUUAUCAUCGCAAGAAAAUAACGACGAUUUACAAGAGACCUUGCUGCAGUGUAUGUGUGCCUUACUCAUUGGUAUUUGCGUACACUUUAACGAUAAUAGCGUACCCACUUAUACAAAGGAAAAAGUAUGCAAUUUGAUUGAGAAUAGAAUAGGUUUAGAAAAAUUUCAAGAUGCAACCGGUAGUAUUGCCAGACACGAAAUAUAUUCUCGAACAUUGAAACACCCACAGCCUUCUGCUAAAAAUCCGUCGGAGCUUUUAUUGGAUCACGAAUUUUGUAGAUUGCUAAAAAGUUUGGAAGGCGUUAUAAUAAAAUCGGUGAUAGAGGCUAAUAAUGAACAUCAAAAUAGAAAUCAAUUAUCUGUGAUGAACUUAUCUGAUAGUACGUUAGUUUCACAGUACAAAGAUCUUAUUAGAGAGCAAGAUAUACAAAUUCAAAGACUAAAUCAAGCUAAUAAUUUUCUUACGAAAGAAAAACAAGAACUUGAGGCACAAGUACAAGAACUUCGAUCAACUGUCAGUCAUUUACGAGAUCAAAACUUGGUUCUUCGAGCUGCACAGGCUAAUACAGGAGAUGGGAAAGAGACAAUUGCUUCUAACAAUGAUGUAGAUUUAGAAAAGGAAUUACAAAAAUAUAAAACAAUGGUUGCAGAUUUAGAAAAUCGUUUAGCGGAAUAUACACAAAUAAUGCAACAGCACAAUGAGAAGAACAAGGAAAAUAAAGAAUCAGAACUAGAGUAUCAAUUGAAAUCGAAGACAGAUGAACUUGAAAAAUUAAGGAAAGAUCAAGAAGAUCUUUUGGAACUUUUGACGGAUCAAGAUAGUAAAAUUACAAUGUAUAAAGAAAGAUUAAUUGAAUUAGGAGAUAAGAUUGAGUCUGAUGAAAGUUCAGGGGAACUUGAUACAGAUGAUCAACCAGAAUCAAGUAAUUAAGAUGUUCUAAUUGUCAUUCCUUCAGAUGAAUUGAUAAUAGAAUUUUUAUAUCAACAAAAAAGUUUUCUUUUUUACGUGUUUUAAGAUUUCUCUUAUUUUAUGUAUAAAUGUGAACAUAUAAACAUAUAAAACAUAUGCAAGUGUAUAUUUACACAUUCGCAAGUAUUGUGUACACAAGUACAUGUACACAGUUGUAUAAAUAAAUACAUUUAGUCACGUUCUCUAGAAAA